GGCUAUAAUUCCAUCUGGUAGGUUGCAUGCCGUAGGACAGCCCAACUAUGCUCCCUAGUGGUCAAGGCCCGAAUUUAAAGGACAUCAGAGAAGAAUGGAUCAAAGUUAGAGAAAGUUAGGCCUGUAUAAAGUUGAUAAAGAUGCAUUCAGUUCUGUUAGAAAAUAAUCACAUGACAUAUUGGGUGGUUUCAUGAGAGAAACAGGAGUUUAUAUGUCUACUCCACCGAUAACAAGUGGAGUUGGUGCACUUGGCUACUUCGUCCCGACUCUGUCGUUGUGCUCAACCCCACCGCAUUGACGAAGACGGAUCUAAUGCGCGGUAGGCUACAGAGGGAAGAAAGGACAACACACGGACUAUAUUUCCACGAGGAGGAAAAUAAAUCGAUUAAAAAAAGAAAUUAUUCUACUUUAAGGUCUCCUCUGCUCUGUCCUGACUGAGAGCCACUGGUGUGUUGCCCACUUUCUCACUGCAUCAUGGGUACCUUCUCCAGCAAGGACGGCCAUGGACCCACAGGGCCCAGCUUGGAUUUGUUCCAAACCCCUCCUACUUCUCCAGUGACCUCCACCCUGCCUACUCUCCCUCAGAUCACACCCUCUACACCAGGCCAGCCAGCAGCCCCAGUACCAGUCACAGCCCUAUCCCCAGGACCAGUCACAGCCCAUUCCCCAACACCAGUCACAGCCCAUUCCCCAGCACCAGUCACAGCCCUAUCCCCAGCACCAGUCACAGCCCUAUCCCCAGCACCAGUCACAGCCCAUAUCCCCAGCACCAGUCACAGCCCAUUCCCCAGCACCAGUCACAGCCCAUUCCCCAGCACCAGUCACAGCCCAUUCCCCAGCACCAGUCACAGCCCUAUCCCCAGUACCAGUCACAGCCCUAUCCCCAGUACCAGUCACAGCCCUAUCCCCAGUACCAGUCACAGCCCUAUCCCCAGUACCAGUCACAGCCCUAUCCCCAGUACCAGUCACAGCCCUAUCCCCAGUACCAGUCACAGCCCAUUCCCCAGUACCAGUCACAGCCCAUUCCCCAGUACCAGUCACAGCCCAAUCCCCAGCACAGUCACUGCCCUAUCCCCAGCAGCAGUCACAGCCCUAUCCCCAGCACUAGUCCAGCCCAUUCCCCAGUCACAGCCAGCCCAAGGCCCAGUCACAGCAGUCACAGCCCAUCCCCAGCACUAG